UUUAAUAGUGUAACGCCGGCGGAAGUAAACAAUAAAGCUUCUGUUGUUAGCGUUAUUGACGUCGAGCCGAAGAUAAAUAUUCCCACUUGUAAAUAAACCAACAAUGCCUUCGGUUCAGUGUUUCAGGCAGUUUUUAAACGAGCGACUUACGGCCGCUGCAGAGGAAAUAUUCACAUUGUUUGAGAAAACCGUCGCCGAGUACGAGGAGGAGAUCAUCCGCCAGAGAAAAGUGCUGGAGAUCGUUUUGAAACCUGAAUUAAACGUUCUCAAGAUAGAGCUUGAAAACCCGCAUGUCUGUAAGGAGAAGGAGGACGAAGACGAGGAGGAGGAGGAUGAGGCUCUCACUGAUCAGCAAUUCCAGGAGAGGAGCUCCAGUCUGGACCGAGAGGACUCAGAACCUCCUCAGAUCAAAGAGGAACCGGAGGAACUCUGUGCCAGUGCGGACAGAGAGGCGUUGACGCUGAAGCAGGAGACUGAUACAUUUACGCUUUCUUUUUCCUAUAAGGACGGCGACCGCAGUGAAGAUCAAACUCUGUGCCUGAAUGAGGACAAAGCUCAGAGUGCAGCAAAGAAAGAGUCCGUGGACAGCGUGCUCGCUAAAAGCUCUGAAGUACCAAAAGCAGACGCUGACCAGCGGCUCCUCCCUCACAGCUCACAUUCAGCCGAGAGCCAAGGACUCGCACAAGGCAAACGUGAAGACUCAGAACCAACCACCAAAAAAAAGACAAAACCACAGAAAAAAAAUCACACCAACAAAAUCCAGAGCACGAAGGCUUUAAAGACUGCCACGUCAAAAAAAACCUGCAAUGCUCAGACAGGUCAAAAGUCUUUAAAGUGUGACACUUGUGGGAAAGCAUUUCCAUGUAACUCCAAACUGAUCAGACACCUGAUGAUCCACACGGGAGUGAAGCCAUAUUCUUGUAACAUUUGCGGUAAGAAUUUCACUCAGAAAUCAGCAUUAAACAUACAUAAGAGAAUCCACACGGGGGAGAAGCCAUACUCUUGUAACUUCUGCGGGUAUAGAUUCAGAGACACGUCAACUUUUAAGAGGCAUCUGAAGCGACACACAACUGAGAAGCCUUACCAGCAACUCUGCAACCAGGAAAGGACCUUCAGCCGAAGCCAAGCGGGGCCGCAACCUCUGCAGAUUAAAGAGGAGGAAGAAGAGGAGGAACUCUGCGCAGGUCAGGACAGAGACAGCUUGCACUGAAGCAGGAGACAGAUGUACUGUAGUUGUGUUGACUCUUUCUUAUUGAGGAAAUAACCACGGUGAAGAUUAAACUCUGUGCUUGAAUCAUGGUGCAGAGAAGACAUCUAAGUGAACAGUUUGCACACGAUUAACAUUUUUUAAAUUGCUACAGUGGCUUUCAUGUGAGCUUGCCUACCGAUAUAUCAUGACAUGGUGCUCUGCCUAUUCUGACUACAGAACUGCUCAAACAUGAUUUCCACAAACACAAGCUGGAACAACUGGACUUGUGGAGUGUCUUGAAGACAUUUCAACGCUCAUCCUCGAGAAGCAGCUUCUUCAGCUCUAAAGGCCGAAUGGGGAGUUGGGGUUUACAUAGAAACGUGGAUGUUAGCGAUUAGAAACCUGCGAGGCCAGGGUGUCCUAAAACUACUCAGACUACAAACAGAAACCAGAAUGCGUCUGGUACCAAAACGUGUCCCUCGACUGAAUAUUCAGCAUAAUCAUGUGCAGAUUUCUAUAUAGUUUACAGUGGAUCCAUAUUGAUCAAACUCCUGAGAGUCCUCAUACAGCAGGUAAGCCAUAUUCUUCAACAAACUCUGUAGUAAAGGACACGUCAACUUUUAAAGAGCGUUUGAAGAGGCCUUACCUUUGCAACACGUGGGAAAAAUUAUUAUUUGUGAAACUUGUGGUCAAAGAUUUCAGAUGUUUUGGAUACUUAGCUCACAGGGAGUUAUGCUCUACAUUUUAGUGUUACGCUUGUGGAAAGAGGGAUUCAACCCUAACCCGUAUUUGCCAUGUAUAUAUGUACACACAUGUACGCAAUUUGUUCUCUGCAUUCAGCCCUUCCAUCCACAAACACAGAAGGGAUCAAACUUUUCAAGCCGUAGUUUUCUUUCUUACUCCAUGACAUGUGGAUUUUAUUGUAGUUUACUUUGUUAGUUACCGUUGUUCUUCUGGAACCAUUUUAAUCUCCUAUAUCUUCAAAAAAUGUGUUCAUAUUGAGUGCAUAUAGUUCCUACAAAUGUAAGUGACUGACUACUUGCAUUAAUAUUUAUCUGUAUACACUACCUCGGUUACAAAAGUGGUUUGUGAACCCUGAUGUUGAAGCUGAGUGCUAGUCCUGUUGGGUCACCCAUGUUGGCAUCCUGCUAACUGGAAUCUUUUUUAUUUUAUUUUUUAUUUUUAUCUGUCACUUGUAAUUUAAUUUUGCAUUUUAUUGUAUUUUUAACUGUAUCAGCUUGGUGAUAUUUAGACUUUAGACAUGAGAGGAGAAAUGUUUCUACAUGAUGUACAUUUGACAUCGGGAUGUUGUCGAAUAUGUUUAAUGCAUAUUUCACCCAGUUUUGAUUAUUCUGGUAAAUGUUUCCAAAGUUUAAGAAUUUGACAGAUGGGAUGUAUACAAUGUUACCAAUAGGAUCAUAGAGUCAUGCAUACAAUGAUCUGUAUCGAAAUGAACAUGGACAUUAAAAUUAUGUCUUUCUGAUCUUACGUAUUUAUUCUAAAGAAAUAAAGUCGAUAAUGUAA